AUGAGCGCUAGUGGCUUUUCUUUUAACCUAUGUUUCUCCCACCCUUCUUUUCUUCUCCAGGACUGUCCACCAGAAGCAGGUGAUUUCCGAGCACAGCAGUGCUCAGCUCAUAAUGAUGUCAAAUACCAUGGCCAGUUUUAUGAAUGGCUUCCUGUGUCUAAUGACCCUGACAACCCAUGUUCCCUCAAGUGUCAGGCCAAAGGAACAGCCCUGGUUGUUGAACUUGCACCUAAAGUCUUAGAUGGGACUCGUUGCUACACAGAAUCUUUGGAUAUGUGCAUCAGUGGUUUGUGCCAAAUUGUUGGCUGCGAUCACCAGCUGGGAAGCACCAUCAAAGAGGAUAACUGUGGAGUCUGCAACGGAGAUGGGUCCACCUGCAGGCUGGUCCGCGGGCAGUAUAAAUCCCAGCUCACCGCAACCAAACUGGACAACACAGUGGUUGGUAUUCCCUAUGGAAGCAGACAUAUCCGUCUUGUCUUAAAAGGACCUGAUCACCUGUAUCUGGAAACCAAAACCCUCCAGGGGGCUAAAGGUGAAAACAGUCUCAGCUCUACAGGCAUCUUUCUUGUGGACAAUUCUAGUGUGGACUUCCAGAAAUUUCCAGACAAAGAGAUACUGAGAAUGGCUGGACCACUUACAGCAGAUUUCAUUGUCAAGAUCCGCAGCUCGGGGCCCGAGAACAGUACAGUCCAGUUCAUCUUCUAUCAGCCUAUCAUCCACCGAUGGAGGGAGACGGACUUCUUUCCUUGCUCAGCAACCUGUGGAGGAGGUUACCAGCUGACAUCGGCUGAGUGUUACGAUCUUCGGAGCAACCGUGUGGUUGCUGACCAGUACUGUCACUAUUACCCCGAGAACAUCAAACCCAAGCCUAAGCUUCAGGAGUGCAACUUGGAUCCUUGUCCAGCCAGUGACGGAUACAAGCAGAUCAUGCCCUAUGACAUCUACCAUCCCCUUCCUCGGUGGGAGGCCACCCCGUGGACCGCGUGCUCCUCCUCAUGCGGGGGGGGCAUCCAGAGCCGGGCAGUUUCCUGUGUGGAGGAGGACAUCCAGGGGCAUGUCAGCUCAGCGGAAGAGUGGAAAUGCAUGUACACCCCUAAGAUGCCCACCGUGCAGCCCUGCAACAUUUUUGACUGCCCUAAAUGGCUGGCACAGGAGUGGUCUCCGUGCACAGUGACGUGUGGCCAGGGCCUCAGGUACCGUGUGGUCCUCUGCAUCGAUCAUCGGGAAAUGCACACUGGAGGCUGUAGCCCCAAAACCAAGCCCCACAUAAAAGAGGAAUGCAUCAUACCCACUCCCUGCUAUAAACCCAAAGAAAAACUUCCAGUAGAAGCCAAGCUGCCAUGGUACAAACAAGCCCAGGAAUUCGAGGAAGGAGCCGCUGUGUCAGAGGAGCCCUCGUUCAUCCCAGAGGCCUGGUCGGCCUGCACGGUCACCUGUGGUGUGGGGACCCAGGUGCGAGUGGUCAGGUGCCAGGUGCUCCUGUCUUUCUCUCAGUCCGUGGCCGACCUGCCCGUUGACGAGUGCGAAGGACCCAAGCCAGCGUCCCAGCGCCCCUGUUACGCAGGACCGUGCCACGGGGAGGCUCCCGAAUUUAACCUGGAAGAGACAGAUGGCCUCUUGGGUGGCCUGCAGGAUUUUGACCAGCUCUACGACUGGGAGUAUGAGGGCUUCACCAAGUGCUCCGAGUCCUGUGGAGGAGGUGUCCAGGAGGCCGUGGUGAGCUGCCUGAACAAACAGACCCGGGAACCCGCGGACGAGAACCUGUGCGUGACCAGCCGGCGGCCCCCCCAGCUUCUGAAAUCCUGCAGUUUGGAUCCCUGCCCAGCAAGGUGGGAAAUUGGCAAGUGGAGUCCUUGCAGUCUCACCUGUGGGGUUGGGCUGCAGACCAGAGAUGUCUUCUGCUCCCACCUGCUUUCCAGAGAGAUAAAUGAAACAGUAAUCCUGGCUGAUGAGCUGUGUCGCCAGCCCAAGCCCACCACGGUGCAAGCUUGUAACCGCUUCCACUGCCCCCCGGCCUGGUACCCUGCACAGUGGCAGCCGUGUUCCAGGACCUGCGGCGGGGGCAUCCAGAAACGCGAGGUUCUUUGCAAACAGCGCAUGGCUGAUGGGAGCUUCCUGGAGCUUCCCGAGACCUUCUGUUCAGCCCCCAAACUGGCCUCCCAGCAAGCCUGCAAGAAAGAUGACUGUCCUAGUGAGUGGCUGCUCUCUGACUGGACAGAGUGUUCCACGAGCUGCGGGGAGGGCACCCAGACACGAAGUGCCGUUUGCCGGAAGGUGCUGAAAACCGGUGUCUCAGCAAUUGUCAAUUCCUCCCUGUGCCCGCCCCUGCCAUUCUCUUCAUCCAUCAGGCCCUGUAUGCUGGCCACCUGUGCAAGGCCCGGGCGGCCAUCCACAAAGCAUAGUCCUCACAUCGCGGCAGCAAGGAAGGUCUACAUCCAGACGCGCCGGCAGAGGAAGCUGCACUUCGUGGUGGGGGGCUUCGCCUACUUGCUCCCCAAGACCGCGGUGGUGCUGCGCUGUCCCACGCGGCGCUUCCGCAAGCCCCUCAUCACCUGGGAGAAGGACGGCCAGCACCUCAUCAGCUCUGCCCACGUCACUGUGGCCCCCUUUGGGUACCUAAAGAUCCACCGCCUCAAGCCCUCUGAUGCGGGAAUCUACACCUGCUCGGCCGGACCAGCCCGGGAGCAGUUUGUGAUUAAGCUCAUCGGAGGCAACAGGAAGUUGGUGGCCAGGCCCUUGAGCCUGAGGAGCGAGGAGGAGGCCCUCGCGGUGAGGAAGGCCAGCCCCAAGGAGGCCCUGCAGACGCACAAACACCAGAACGGCAUCUUCUCCAACGGCAGCAAGGCCGAGAAGCGGGGCCUCCCCGCCGACACCGGGGGCCGCUAUGACGACCUGGUCUCGCGGCUGCUGGAGCAGGGGGGCUGGCCGGGAGAGCUGCUGGCGUCGUGGGAGCUGCAGGGCUCCGCGGAGAGGAACGCGUCUUCAGAGGAGGACCAGAACGCGGAGCAGGCCCUCCUGCGUCUGCCCUUCACCAUGGUGACGGAGCAGCAGCGCUUGGACGACAUCCUCCGGAACCUCUCGCAGCAACCCGAGGAGCUCCGCGACGUCUACAGCAAGCAUCUGGUGGCCCAGCUGGCGCAGGAGAUCUUCCGCAGCCACCUGGAGCACCAGGACGCGCUCCUCAAGCCGUCAGAGCGGAGGGGCCCCCCGGUGGCCAUCCCUCCCCAUAAGCACGUGUCUGACUUCAGCAGCUUCUCCCGGAUCUUGUCCACUGGGGAGGGCGGGGGCGGCUCCCGCCGGCCGUACCGCAAGCCUGUCAUCCUGCGCAAGAUCUCCGCCGCCCAGCAGCUCUCUGCCUCCGAGGUGGUCACCCACCUCGGGCAGACGGUGGCCCUGGCCAGCGGGACACUGAGCGUACUUCUGCACUGUGAGGCCAUUGGCAACCCGAGGCCCACCAUCAGCUGGUCCAGGAAUGGAGAAGAGGUUCAGUUCAGCGACAGGAUUCUUCUGCAGCCAGAUGAUUCCUUACAGAUCCUGGCACCUGUGGAAGCUGAUGUGGGUUUCUACACUUGUAAUGCCUCAAAUGCCUUGGGAUAUGACUCUGUCUCCAUUGCCGUCACAUUAGCAGGAAAGCCACUAGUGAAAACAUCCCGAGAGAUGGUGCUCAACACGGAGGAGCCUGCAAUCACAGUUGAUGUAGGAAGCACUAUCAAAACCGUACAAGGCGUGAAUGUGACUAUUAACUGCCAAGUUGCAGGUGUGCCUGAGGCUGAAGUCACCUGGUUCAGGAAUAAAAGCAAACUGGCCUCAUCUCCCCCUCUGCAGGAGGGCGCCUUGGUGCUUACAGCCGUGUCCUCCUUGGAUCAGGGCCUGUACUCCUGCAAGGCGGCCAAUCUGCACGGGGAGCUGACCGAGAGCAGCGAGCUCCUCAUCCUAGAACCCCCCCACGUCCCCACAUGGUUGGACGACAUCCGGGCCCUGCUCUCAGCCACUGGACCGAACCUUCCUUCAGUGCUGACGUCUCCACUGGGAACACAGCUGGUCCUGGAUCCUGGGAAUUCCGCUCUUCUUGGCUGCCCUGUCAAAGGCGACCCUCCUCCCAAUAUUACCUGGUUCCAUGGUGAGCAGCCAGUGGCCAAUGUCACAGGACUGAUGUAUCAUAUCUUGGCAGCUGGACAGAUUCUCCAGGUUGCAAAUCUUAGUGGCGGAUCUCACUGGGACUUCAGCUGCCUUGCUCAGAAUGAGGCAGGAAUGCUCGUGCAGAAGGCCUCUUUAGUGAUCCAAGAUUACUGGUGGUCUGUGGACAGACUGGCAACCUGCUCGGCCUCCUGUGGUAACAGGGGGGUUCAGCAGCCCCGCCUGCGGUGUCUCCUAAACAGCACGGAGGUGGACCCCACUCACUGCGCAGGGAAGGUGCGCCCUGCUGCACAGCCUAUCGCCUGCAACCGGAGAGACUGCCCUUCCCGGUGGAUGGUGACCUCCUGGUCGGCCUGCACCCGGAGCUGUGGGGGAGGCGUCCAGACCCGCCGGGUGACCUGCCAGAAGUUGAGAGCCUCAGGGGUCUCCACUCCUGUGUCCAGUGACAUGUGCACACAGCUUGCCAAGCGGCCAGUCGACACCCAGGCCUGUAACCAGCACUUGUGUGUGGAGUGGGCCUUCUCCAGCUGGAGCCAGUGCAAUGGGCCUUGCAUCGGGCCUCGCCUCGCGGUGCAACACAGACAAGUCUUCUGCCAGACGCUGGAUGGCAUCACCUUAGCAUCGGAGCAGUGCAGCGCCCUUCCGAGGCCUGUGAGCACCCAGAACUGCUGGUCAGAAGCCUGCAACGUACACUGGAGGGUCAGCCUGUGGACCCUGUGCACGGCGACCUGCGGCAGCUACGGUUUCCAGUCCCGGCGCGUGGAGUGCGUGCACACCCGCACCAACAAGGCAGUGCCCGACCACCUGUGCUCCUGGGGACCUCGGCCCGCCAACUGGCAGCGCUGCAACAUCACCCCCUGUGAAAACACGGAAUGCAGAGACACCACCAGGUACUGUGAGAAGGUGAAACAGCUGAAACUCUGCCAGCUCAACCAGUUCAAGUCUCGCUGCUGUGGAACCUGUGGCAAAGCAUGAAGGCAGGGCGGGGCGAGACCACCCCGGCCACACAGAGGACUCACGCAACCACCUCGGGCAGAACUUAAGCUUUCUUCGUGUUAUUUAUUUAUUUGCCCCUCCCCACCCCCCCACACACACCCCUCUUCGACCUCCUUCCUUGCCCCCUCCCCAGAUGUGAGGCCCCAGCUGUCUGCUCUGGGCUGGCUGGAGGACAGAAUGAGGGGACGGGACAAGGACGGAGGUCUGAAGGAGGCAACAGAGCCCCCUGGCCAGCCGGCUCCCUCCCAAACCUGGGUCCCAGAGAGACCCAGGAAGAGGCCAGCGUAGCCCCCAGGACAGCAGCGAGCCAGAGCCAACAGCAGACGAAAGGGGGGCCAAAGGGUAGGUGCCUGAGAGUUUGUGAAGCACUGGUAUUGACUCCGGACAGCCAAGGAGUCUCUCCUAGCCAGGGAUGGUCAAGACCGGGGAGAGGGGACAUCAGCCAUGCUAAGGACCCAGCCCAGAACUCAGCUCUUCCACUGGGGGAGCGGGGGUUCAGAGCAACAAGAACUCAAAACACUGCAGGAGUAAAGGGAAGCCAAUCCAAGUAGCCGGAGUGGACGGUGAUGCAGAAAAUGAAGUAGGCAGGGCAGGGACAGAAGCGCAAAGAAAGUGGUGUGUGUUCCUGAGAGAAGGGGACAGCUGGGAAUGAGCAGGCAGCUGGUGAGGUUCUGAACCCCAAGCCCACGUGCCUGGUGGACCUCUGUGGGGUCAGGGGAGGCCCUGGGGCUCAGAGCUCUUCUGCCCUUGGGCCCAGGCUGCAUGCAGGAGCCAUGCCCUCCCAAGGGCGGAGAGGAGUCCCUGAGGCAGCUCAGUGAACUUGCUGCCCACACCCCCAGGGCAGAGCUGGUGAGACAGCAGGGCCUAGCUGUGCAGUCAUGCCAUCCCUGACGUCUCUUCUAAAUCAAGAGUCCCCCAGCCCGGAACUGCUGACACAGGCCAAGGUGUUUUGAUCUGAAUAGACUGGGUUUCCUACCUAUAAGGUUUUUAAUGCUUCACUGAAGGGCCAGGGACUAGGGUCAGCUUGUCAAAAACCAAGCCAUUAAUCGACUUGUCAGAGCAUCCAUCAGAUCAGAGCAACCACUUCCUUCCAGAGCUGACCAGGUGUGGGUGGGGCCAAGGGGCACAUCAGCAAAGCCGAAGGGUAACUAAAGCUUCCCAGAAGGUCCUUGAAGGCUUUUCAACCAUACCCUCCAUACAGUGAAAUAUGAUAUACUCUACCGGAAUUAAUAUACCUCGGUUUUGCUAAUUCAGUGUGGGCAAAGCAGCAUACACACCUAGUCAUGCCAUCAGCUAUGGUAGAGAGGCUGUAGCAAGUCCAGUGGCAAAACUGAAAAUCUGGGACAUUUUGGCAAAUUGCUCGUUCAGCGGAGUGGUUUUGGGGGAGAGAUUGUGUCCGCCCCCCACCACAAUGGCCCCCAUUUAGCAGCAGCUAGAGCAGAGCCGAGUGGCCAGGGUCACUCACCCCUCACACAGACUGCCCCCCGCCACAUAUACAGACUCGCAAAAUGCCACUCACCUCUGGGCCACCACUGACAUCAGGGCUGCGUUUUCCAGCCAGCCUGGAAAUAAAAGUUGGGGUGGGGGGAAGACAUUACACUUUGUAUCCGCCCCAGGUGAGCUGUGGACAGUUAAGGCGGUUUCCUCACCAUAGUAAUGGGCUCUGAGAAAUCAUGUUACUAAAAAUCAGUGUAAUUUUUAUUUAAAAUAAAAGAGAAUGUUUUCUAUGUCUGUACAUCUUUUGUGAAUAUUUAUUAGGAUUUCUUGUAUAAAAAAGUGCAAUAUUAAUAAUUGUACAUUGUCUUCCAGAAAAAAAAAUAAAAUAUUUGGGGGACUUUUUAUUAACUUCCUGCAGUUGUGUUCCUGUAAACUCAGUGGCAAUUAUUGUAUUGUUCCUAUUUUUAGACGAAGCUGAUGUUUAACUCUGGAUCCACCCACUGUGUACAGAAUACAUUGUAAUAGUCGGCACGGGAUGAUGGGGCAAUAAGAGGGGAUUCGUUUGUGACACAACAGUCAUGCACAAAAUGCGGAAGAAGGAUUCCAUACUGGUACUAAUGCGGUUGGUUCUUUCUAGUUCAAUAGUUCUAGAAACCCAGUGGCCAAUAUUUACAGUUCCUGAACAGCGGAGGUCCUCAAGCUUGUCCACGUGUCAGGGUGUAGCAGGUGAAGAUGGCUUUCAGAGCGAGCCCAGAGGACCGAGGUUUGGGGUGGGAAACAGCGUGCUCCUUCCAUGAGAUGAAUGUACAUUUACUGUUUGUUCUGUGAAUCGUGACUCAGCAGCACCACGAGAUUAUUAGGGCUGCUGAAGAAUGUGGGAGGAGGCACCUCCUCCUCUAAAACACAAAACUGUAUUUAUAUUUUUUUUUGUACAGAUAAUACAGCUUAUUUA